AUGAGGAAGUUUUACCAUUUCAGAAUCAUGUUAUUUAUCACGUCUGUUGGGUACUUGAUGUAUGACUUAGCCCGUAUAAUCAAAAUAAUAUUAUUUGUUAGCUGCCUUGGAUUAUAUGAUCAGCAAUAUAUGAAAACUGCAGCAAUGGUCCAUAUGACGUUUAGUUCUUUCUAUACGUUUUCAUGGGUGUUUUUGAUAAUCGAAAGGGCAAUCGCUUUGGUAUUUGUUGAUGUCUAUGAGAAGCGAUUCGCUGGUCUUAUCGUUCCAACUCUGGCCUUCUUUGCUACAACGAUUAUAUCGGCCCUCAUUACUGUUGUACGCUAUACGGGCACAGCAGAAAACUUCGACAGAUAUCUGUUAGUACUGGAACUCGCGCUCGUCGUGUUCUCAUUUGCGGCACUUAUCGUAAUUCUUACAUUCAACAAGUCUUCAUACCGACAGCGUCACAAUUCUCAAAUGCGUCUCACCAACCGAUAUCAGCUGGAUGAAAAUAUUCGAGCUGGGAAUUAUUUGAUGCCAGUCGCUUUGAACCAAGUGCUUGUCAAGGUUAGGUUUGAAAUUUCAGUCAAACUUUCAGUAUUUCACCUAUGGAGCACCACAAUUUUUUGA